CGAUCCAGAUGCAACUGCUGCUGGGGAGAGGGGAGCAUCCAUGACUGUAACUGCGGGCGCGUCUAGUUUCGCUUUGUUGCAGACUGGGGACCCCUCUGGCACAGCCUCCCGACCCCACCCCUCCCCUCUCCCAGGCAUCUUGGACCGCCCCAGGAGUGCCGGGGUUCCAGCCAAUCGUGGAGGGCUGCGCAGACAGCCCGCCUCCCCUCGGACUGCCUGGGCAGGCUGGCAGGCAGGCAGGCAGGCAGGCAGACUGACUAGGGAGUUGCGCUGCUGACGGAUCUCAGUCGGGUACCAGCAGCCGCAUCUCAGUCCUUGCGGUCCGGCUCUUCUGCUCCAGUCACCUGCGUGAGCCACCCGGCUCCCCCCCACCCCUCACCCCCUGCAUCAGCAGCGGCGGCAGCCAUUCCGGGAAGCGCAGGCAGCCGCCACAGGCGCUGAAGAUGCUGCUGCUUCCAAGACUGCUGCUGCUCGGGCUCCUGGCUGGAGCGGGGCGAGCCGCCCCGGCCUCCUCCCCUCUGCCCAUCAGCCCUUCCCCUUUCCCCAUGCCCCCCUCAUCCCAGAGCCAGCGGGAAGGGCCCCCGCCCGCCCUCACCUUUCCGCAGGAGGAAGCCACCCUCGAUGAGAUGUUCCGUGAGGUGGAGGAAUUGAUGGAGGACACGCAGCACAAACUGCAGAGCGCCGUGGAGGAGAUAAAAGCAGAGGAGGAAGCCACCAAGGCUUCAUCAGAAGUCAUCCUGCAAAACCUGCCUCCCAAUUUCCACAAUGACUCCCACAUGGAGGUCAAGGUUGGCAACAAAACCAUCCACUUGCACCAGGAAAUCGACAAGGUAACCAACAAUCACACUGGACAGAUGGUUGUUUCGGAAACGAUUAUUACCACCAUCAAGGAUGGAGAGAGCAAAAAGAAUCAUGAAUGUAUCAUUGAUGAGGACUGUGGAACAGGGAAAUAUUGCCAGUUUUCCAGUUUUGAAUAUACUUGUGAACUCUGCAAAAGCCAACAAACUCUCUGCUCAAGAGAUAGCGAAUGCUGUGGGGACCAGCUCUGUGUCUGGGGUCAUUGUGUAAAAGCUGCUUCAAAGGGUAGCAAUGGGACCAUCUGUGACAACCAGCAGGGCUGCCAGCCUGGCCUGUGCUGUGCUUUUCAGAAAGGGCUUCUCUUUCCUGUGUGCACACCACUGCCAGGGGAGGGAGAACUCUGCCACGACCCUUCCAAUAGACUACUGGAUCUCAUCACAUGGGAGCUGGAGCCUGACGGGGCACUAGACCGGUGCCCGUGUGCCACUGGUUUAAUCUGCCAGCCACACAGGCACAGCUUGGUGUAUGUGUGUGAAUUAUCCUUCAAUAAAACGAGGCAUGAAGACAAAGAGCAGGCAAUGGCAAAUGAGGGCCUUCUGUUCAGCUUGCUGCCUGGGGACAUUACCGAGGACCAGGACGAUGAUGGAGAUCUUGUUCAGGAAGUCCGUAGGGAACUGGAAAACCUGGAGAGAGAUCUGUCAGAAAUCUCUCUAGAAGAGCCUGCUGUGACUUCUGAUCUGUUUUAUGUAGAUGAGAUUUAAAUGGUCAAGGACAGCUUUGUAAUCUAGUCUUUUUACAAGUGUAAUUUGUGUAUAUUGUCUUGCUUGUAUAGGCCCCAAGCACAUUCACCAUUGGAGAGAAGUGCAAUUCAAUAACUAAUAUAUUUUAAGAGGGAAUAUUCUUCAUGCAUGUUCAGAUGAGGUUUCUUUCUUGGUGUGUUCAGUUCAUUUAUAUAUCUGGACCAAAAAAGGUGGCAUUAAAAAUUAAUUAAUUAGGCUUGUUAUGUUUUGGGCCAGAUGACUCAAAAUUAUAAACUAGAUAUAUAAAAAAAGUUAAUUCUCAUUUUUGUACUUGCUCAGCUUAAAUUAUCCCCAACAUUUAAUAUGAAUGGUAGGGAAAUGGCAUUUCUAACCCUUUCAGAUUAGUUUGAAAGUUUUUGGUAGGAUGAGCUGUAAUGGGAAACAAUUUCCCUCACUAAUGGUUUUUUAGGGGCAGUGAACUUUAGCCGUGUACAGAAUUCCUUGUAAUUUUGAAAAUAUAAUCAUGGUGAAAUGGCAA